UCCGCCUAUCCUUUCCGAACUCGGGUGCCGAAGCGGAUCCGCCGGGCGAGCGGGCGGCGGAGCAUCGAGGCGCCCGGAGCCGCGUCUCCCGUCGGGUGCUGAGCGCACCAUGGCCGGCUGCUGCUGCCUGUCGGCGGAGGAGAAGGAGUCGCAGCGCAUUAGCGCCGAGAUCGAGCGGCAACUUCGCCGGGACAAGAAGGAUGCGCGCCGCGAGCUCAAGCUGCUGCUGCUGGGAACUGGUGAAAGUGGCAAAAGCACCUUUAUCAAGCAGAUGAGAAUUAUCCACGGGUCUGGUUACAGCGAUGAAGACAGAAAGGGGUUCACAAAGCUGGUUUACCAAAACAUAUUCACUGCCAUGCAAGCCAUGAUCCGCGCCAUGGACACCCUGCGGAUACAGUAUGUGUGUGAGCAGAAUGAGGAUAACGCGCAGCUGAUCAGAGAGGUGGAAGCAGACAAGGUGUCCGCGCUCUCCAGGGACCAGGUGGAGGCCAUCAAGCAGCUGUGGCAGGACCCGGGGAUCCAGGAGUGCUACGACAGGCGGAGGGAGUACCAGCUGUCGGACUCUGCCAAGUAUUACCUGACUGACAUUGACCGGAUCGCCAUGCCGUCAUUCGUGCCAACACAGCAGGACGUGCUUCGUGUCCGAGUGCCCACAACCGGCAUCAUUGAGUAUCCGUUUGACUUGGAAAACAUCAUCUUUCGGAUGGUGGAUGUUGGCGGCCAGCGAUCUGAAAGGCGGAAAUGGAUUCACUGCUUUGAGAGUGUCACCUCCAUUAUUUUUCUGGUUGCUCUGAGUGAAUAUGACCAGGUCCUGGCCGAGUGUGACAAUGAGAACCGCAUGGAGGAGAGCAAAGCCUUAUUUAAAACCAUCAUCACUUACCCCUGGUUUCUGAACUCAUCGGUGAUUUUGUUCUUAAACAAGAAGGAUCUUUUGGAAGAGAAGAUCAUGUACUCUCAUCUAAUUAGCUAUUUUCCUGAAUACACCGGACCAAAGCAAGACGUCAAAGCUGCCAGAGACUUUAUCCUGAAGCUUUAUCAAGAUCAGAAUCCCGACAAAGAAAAAGUCAUCUAUUCCCACUUCACGUGUGCUACAGACACAGAGAAUAUCCGCUUUGUGUUUGCUGCUGUGAAAGACACAAUUCUACAGCUGAACCUGAGGGAAUUCAACCUAGUUUAAAAGCUGCUCCCCACUCCUGGGCUUGCAAGCCUCCUGCUUUGUUUGCAAGUGCUUCUGACAUCACCCGCCCAGCCCACUGGGCGGCACCAAGUCCCCCACGCAGGCCACAGGGACAGGGACAGGUGAUGAAGCUUGUUAAGAUAUCUGAGUUCAGCAAAACUUUUUCAAAGUCUUUAUUCCUAAAUUGUUUUUAUAUUUCUUUUCUUAAUUUUAGGCUACAAGAUUCUCCAUAAUUUUUUGAUUUGAUAUUUUAUAGAAUUUUUAAAAGCCACUGUGAUUUAUGGUUUUGUUUUUUUUAAGUGUGUAUAAUAAUAGCCAUUAAAAAUCACAUUACAGAGGAGCCUGUCAGUUUAUAGAUUAUGCUUUGAGACUUUUAGGAUUAGUUUGGGUGACUUUUUUUUUAAAGAAAGUUAAUGGCCUUGAAGCUUUAUAUUAAAUUUUAUAAUUGAAUGCUUUUCUCUCUUCAUGCUUAAGUAUAUACCUUUAACAUGCAACCAAAGAUUUUUUUUUAAACAGUUGGUUCUCCUUUGUGUUAACUUUCUAAGUCAAAUUAAUGACUAUCAGUACUUCUAAUUUAGUUUUGCCAUAAUUUGAUCACUCUGAUACCAAAGUCUUUGACUUAAGAUAAAUGGGCAGUAGAUAGCAUAUAUGUUAUACUACUUAAAAAAAUAAUAAAGUGUGUAUAUUUAUAUAUAUAUAUGUAUUCCAAUGUAGAUGUCCAGGUCUUAUAAACUUAUGAAAUAGCUAAAAGCCCAAUAUGUUUAACAGAUGUAAUGUAACCCCUGCCAAAGUUCUGAUGGCCACCAGAGAUUUCCUGUUUGAACCAUGUAUGCUGUGCCUUUCUGAGAAGGCUAAGAAUAUAUACCAUUCUGCCAUUAGCAUUGGAUUGUUUUUUCUUUGAGCUUAUUAACAGUUCUGCUCCUAAAAAUAAAAAUUCUGUGUCUUUUAA